UCCGCUUCCGGGUGGCAUUUUCCUGUGGCGCGCUCUUGAACCUCUGCGGUCGUCAUGGAGCUGCUGGGCGAAUAUGUCGGGCUGGACGGGCAGAGGCAGGAAUUGAGGGUCUCCUGUGAGGCGCCAGGCGACGCUGACCCUUUCCAGGGCCUGUUGUCCGGCGUGGCCCAGAUGAGGGAGCUGGUGGCCGAGCUCUUCAGCACGCUUGUGCAGCCGGAAGCGCAGGACCGUGUGGAGGCGGCCUCAGACCAGGCCUUGGACGGUGAUGAAGAUGAUGGAGAAGAUGAAAAUAACAUUGAUAACAGAACUAACUCAGAUGGACCAUCUGCAAAACGGCCAAAACCACCAUCUUAAUACUAGCUUUUAGGGGAUUUAAAAAAACUACUACUUUGUCUUCAUUAUUACACAUUGACAUUUAGGAAGACUUGUACUAUUAUUUGGGAAAAUAUUUGCUUUGUUCCCCUUGGACAGUUUUGUCAAAGAAAAUACUGUUUCUUCUGU